AGAGAAAUACAUAUUCUGAAUUGGUUGAAAAUUUUGACAAUUUGCGCAUUAAAUCAAGCACCUAAUCGGUUUGUUUUGAUGAGGUGUCUCGUUUAGUUUGAUAACUUGUUGGAAGGAACAGCUAUUUUGUUAAGUUUUGAUCAUUUUAUAAAGUUUCGCUGAGCUGCAUCUUACAAAAUAGUUACAAUGAUCACUGUACAACACAUGUAUAGGAAGAUCUUGCCAUCUUUAUGUCAAAAUAUUCAGAUAUUAGGUCACAAAAACCGCUGUUUAUCAACGAGCAUAGUUUUAAGCCGGCGACGAAAGGAUUAUGAGGACGAAUACAUUGAAGUUGCACCACCACCCAUGAUGAACCCUGUGAAAAGAACAUUAAACAUUUUGAAACAUGAUGUCAGAUCAAUUUGGGACCCUGAUCAGCCACCACUACUUAAAUUCUCCUCACAUGUCGAUGUUCUCGUAAUUGGUGGUGGAAUAAUGGGAACUGCAAUUGCCUACUACUUGAAACAAAGAACGGGAAGAAGUUCUUUUUCCGUGUCGGUCAUCGACAAGGAUCCCACGUACACAAAGUCAUCUACUGUGCUUUCUCUGGGAGGACUUCGACAGCAGUUUUCUCUCAAAGAAAAUAUCCAAAUGUCCAUGUUUGGUGCGGACUUCUUACGACGAUCUAGGGAGCUAUUAGCCCUUGACGGAGUUCCUCCUGCUGAUAUUCAGUAUCAUCCUUAUGGUUAUUUAUAUCUUGCUGACGAAAAAGGAGCAGCACAGCUUCAAGAAAAUUGGCUGCUACAAAAAGAGCUUGGCGCAGAAGUGGAAUUACUUGGGAAGGAAAAGCUGAAAGAACGAUUUCCGUGGAUCAACACGGAUGGUAUUGAGGUUGCAUGUCAUGGAAUGGAAAAUGAAGGAUGGUUUGAUGCAUGGGCUUUCCUUUUUGGGUUGAAGCGUAAGGCCUGUGAGCUUGGAACCGAAUAUGUAGAGUCUGAAGUCGUAGGGUUUAAGUUUGAGGAGGAUGACGGAACGAUUGUUGCUGGAAUGGAUCACGAUGAAGAACAUACAGCUAUAAAAGCAGCAAUUGUUAGGACACCUACAGGAGAGUUGAAAACAAUUCAUUUUGCAUAUUGCAUUAUCGCCGCAGGACACGAGUCCGGUAACAUUGCAGCCAUGGCUCGAAUUGGUAGAGGUGAAGGCAUGUUGAGUGUUCCAUUGCCAGUUGAACCAAGGAAACGCUAUGUAUUUUGCUAUAAUGCUCCACAAGGUCCUUCAGUCCCUGGCCUUGAUUGUCCAAUGGUGAUUGAUCCUAGCGGGACGUAUUUCAGGCGAGAAGGGUAUGCAGGUCAUUACGUUGCUGGACGGGCUCCACCAUUAGAAGAUGUCGAGCCAAACGUUGAAAAUUUGGACGUUGACUACACAUAUUUUGAUAAAACAGUAUAUCCUUCACUUAUUAAUCGUGUCCCUGGUUUUAAAAAUUUGAAGUUGAAUUCGGGAUGGGCUGGUUAUUAUGAUUAUAAUACUUUUGAUGAAAAUGGAAUUGUUGGACCUCAUCCGUAUUAUCCAAAUAUAUAUUUUGCCUGUGGGUUCAGCGGAUUUGGAAUUCAACAAGCUCCAGGAGUAGCUCGGGCGACAAUGGAAAUGAUCUUGGACGGCGAAUUUAAGACUACAGAUCUAACUAGAUUUCAUUUUGAAAGAUUUCUUGUCGGAAAAGAGAUUAGAGAGAAAAAUGUGACAUAAUAAUGAAUGAUAGAAUAUUAAAGUAUUUCUAGUCAGGUUUUUUUAUGAACAAUAAAGUCCCACUUUCAUAACCACAAA